UUGAUUUGUUAACAACUGAUACGCGCUUCGUUGUGAAAAGAAGAAAAAAUAACUUCUGGGAAUGUGCGCGAAGUGCCAAAUGGGCUGUCGAUCAGUGACGGUACAGCGUGAUGAAGGUUCCUCUCGUUUGCGUAUUUUCGAUCCUGUUUGCCGGCAGUAGUCUAUGCGAUGUGUCCAAAAACGAGAGUAAGUUGACGAAAAAAAUAAGAACCGGAUACGUUGACAUUGAAACGAAAGACAACAGAAUAGUUUUGGUCAUCCGUAAAAGCGAUGGGAGGAAGAUCAGUGCCUCCCUGUACACCAAGUACCCAGGCUCGAUGAGCAACGAGUCCCUGAAAAUCGAGCAGGACUGCGAGCGGCUGACCACCUGCAUCCAAUUGGGCAACAGGACCCACGCCAGGAUAAAAACCGAUCCCGAAAAGGAAACGGUCCAGGUGAAUCGCAGCACGUCGACCGCCUCGGGCCAACUGGCCGAUUGUUUCGCCCUUACCGAGGACGUCCUCUGGUUCGGGGGCCCGGAGCGCCGGAUCCAGCACUGGCCGGUCCAGAACACCUACGUCGAGGACGAGGCGUACCUGCCGAGCCACCCCCAGCACAUGGGCGUCGCCGAGAGGUACUGGGUGACCAGCAGCGGGGUCUACCUCCUCGCCGCCCAGAGGGAGCCGCUCUUCCUCGACCAGAACAACCUCAAGGACCGGCACCUCUGCCUCGUCGCCAAGAACAGCCCGCCUUACCAGCGCCGCGACGAGGUGACUCUCAGCUACGAGAUCGGCGUGUUCGCAGAUACGCGGGCCGCCCACCUCUACGUCGUUGACAAGCACUUCGACAAGCCAAAGGCCCACCCGAGCGAGCUCAUGGUCGGUCGGCCCGUGUGGUCGACCUGGCCGAGGUUCCAGGCCGACGUCAACGAGUCCCGCGUCCGGGAAUUCGCCCGGCAGAUCGGGGCCAGUGGCCUCGGCGCCAGCCAAAUCGAGAUCGACGACAAGUGGGAGACGUGCUACGGCUCCGCGAAAUUCGACCCGGCCAAGUUCCCCAGCCCGAGGAACCUCACCGGUGACCUCAAAGCCCUGGGUUUCCGGGUCGCGCUCUGGGUCCACCCGUUCGUCAACAAAGGCUGCAACGGCACCGAGGGCGGCUACGACUCGGCCCUCCAGAAGGGCUACUUCGUCAAGAACGAAAAGGGCGAGGUGCGCACGAGCUGGUGGCAAGGCAGUGACGCAGCAGUGGUUGAUUUCACGAACCCCAAGGCGGUCGAUUGGUGGGUGGGCCGAUUGAAGAAGCUGCAGAAGGAGUCGGGCGUCGACGGUUUCAAAUUUGACGCGGGUGAGGAGUCCUGGCUGCCAAAGGGUAGGCCACAGCUGAGCGGAGACAAAGACCUGCUGCCCGGCGCUUACAGCCGCGAGUACGCGACCAUCCUGGCCGAGAGAUUCGGCGACAGUGCAGAGGUGCGGGUCGGCUGGCGCACCCAGGGCUUGCCGGUCUUUGUGCGUAUGAUCGACAAGGACUCGAGGUGGACCUGGAACAACGGGCUGCCUACUCUCGUGACGACGCUGCUGCAGAUGAACUUGAAUGGGUACGUCUUCGUCCUGCCCGACGUGGUUGGCGGCAAUGGAUACGUCGAAGGCCAGUCUCGGGACACUCGAGCGCCGUCCAAGGAACUGUUCAUCCGGUGGAUGCAGGCAACCGUCUUCAUGCCCGUUAUGCAGUACUCCUUUGCGCCCUGGGACUACGACAACGAGACGAUCGAGAUCAGCAAAAAAUUUACGGAUCUUCACGCGCAAUACGCACCAAAAAUGAUCGAGCUAAUGAAAAAGGCAGUAAAGACCGGGACUCCGAUAAAUUUGCCGGUUUGGUGGCUGGAGCCGUCAAACGCAAAGGCUCUCAGAGUCAACGACCAGUUUUUGCUGGGAGAAGAGAUUUUGGUAGCCCCCAUCCUCGAAGAAGGCGCCAGAUCUCGCUACAUUUACCUUCCGCCUGGCCAGUGGAGGGAUCCGAGAACUCAAAUCGAUUACGCCGGUCCCAUGGAGUAUCACGAUUACCCAGCCCCAUUGGAUGUAUUACCGUAUUUUAUAAAAUCUUGAUAAAACGGCACGAUUGACAACUACGUUUCGAGGCUGUUACUUUAAUUUAAAGUUUAAU